GAACUUGUGUGGGUGGAUUGUGAUAAGAACGUGUACCUACCUACUCGCUGAUAAGUGAUAAGGCUGGAGACAACAAAAACAAAGUUCAAAGUCAAGUCAUAAAACACUUUCAAUGGUUCAGUUAGUUUUGAUUGAGCAUUCAUUGUGUUAGUCUAAAGAAAAGUUCCUUCGUGUGAAGUGAAGCUGAACAAAAUAAUGGCCAAUAUGAUUCUAUUGCAAUCACCUCCACCAAAGUUGGAGGAAGUGCAGAAAACAAUAUUCAGUAAAGAUGCAAGAAACUUUUUGGAACUCCUACAUAGAGAAUUUAACGAUAAGAUUGAGAAACUUUAUAGGGAUCGGCAGCAACGCUACGUAGAAAAUCGCUCAAAAGUUUCCUUAGAAUUUAAGGUUUCCUCUGAAAGAAACGAUAAGUCUUGGAGCAUAGCACCAUUGCCGACUAGACUACAAAACCGACACCUGGAUCUUGGAGAUGUAUCACCAUCAAACACUGCACACUUUGUGUCUGCUCUAAAUGAAGACGUUGAAGGUAUUCAAGUGGACUUUGACGAUGGCCACUGUCCGACUUGGAAAAACCAAUUAGUUGGAUACCAUAAUAUUGGUCUAGCUGUUAAUGGAAAACUUCCUGGAGCACCUAUGAAUAUAGCUAUGUCUCCAAUACUGAUGUUACGGCCAAGAGCUUGGAAUAUGAUCGAACAUAACAUUUUAAUUGAUGGCAAAGAAGCAAUAGGUCCUCUUGUAGAUUUUGGUAUAUUAAUGUACCAUAAUGCAAGAAAACUGUAUGAAGCAAGCAGUGGUCCGUACUUUUACCUAUCGAAGUUGGAGGGAUCAUCGGAAGCAAAGUUAUGGAACGAUAUAUUCAUAUGGGCCCAAGACCAACUGGGAUUGCCAAGGGGCACAAUAAAAGCCUGCGUGUUAAUAGAAAAUAUUAUAUCCGUAUUUGAAUUGGAUGAGAUAUUAUUUGCAUUGAGAGAGCACUCGUUGGGUCUCAACUGUGGGAUUUGGGACUACUGCGCUUCAAUCAUAGCUAAGUUUGGUGAUCGCGAGGAGUUCCUCAUACCAGACCGGAGUAAGUACGUGAACAUCACACGUCGUUUCCUGCACAGCUACCUGCAGUUGGUAGUGAGCGCGUGCCACGCGCGUGGCGCGCCCGCCACUGGGGGUAUGGCAGCCGCUGUGCUUGCGCCGGGCACUGACGGUACUGAUGAUGAAUCCAAAAAGAUAGUCAACAAGAUUUUGGAGGCCAAGAUAAAAGAAAUAGAAAUUGGUGUCGAUGGGUUCAUGGUGUAUGACUCACGCGCAGUUCCUUAUAUUAACAGGCUCUGGAAGAAUUACGGGUCGUUGCCUAAUCAGAUAUUCCGUAAAUUGGAUGUGAAUAUAACUCCUGAGGAUCUCCUAACCAUCCCGAGCGGGGGUGUGACCUUGCAGGGUCUGAAGCACAAUGUGGCGGUCUCCAUUCUGUUCAUAUACCACUGGCUGGCUGGAAUCGGCCAUUUCUUCUAUAGCGGCAAUGUUGAGGAUUCCGCCACGGCUGAAAUAUCUAGAUGUCAGAUUUGGCAGUGGAUUCGGUUUGCGCCCGCACUAGAAGACGAUCCGAAACAGCAUGUCACCGCCAAACUGGUGGAAAAAGCGGCAGCUAACUUCUCCACGUACGCCCACAAAAACUUCUGCCGAUCGAACGCGGAACGCAAACGGCUCACCGCAGCUAGGUACAUGAGUAUGGAACUGUUCCUUAGCAGGAAUCCACCAGAGUUCAUCACCAGCUACCUCAACGAUAACCACAAGUUUAGGACGCUGCACAACAAAGCGUUGUUGAGCAAUUUGUAAAAACGUUAUUUUCGCUAAAGUUGAACUAUAAUGUAGAUGGCGCUAGCGUAUGCAUAGUUGAGUAUAUUUAUCUACAUCAGGGGUGGCCAACUUGAUUAGACAUAAGAUCUACUGUUUACUAACGAAACCCUGGGCGAUUUAUUACUUACAUACUUCUUGAAAUCUUGUACCUACACAAUCAUGUAGUAUUUUUUGCCUUGCCACGAUCGACUGGACUAAUAUUCGCGAUCGACCGGUUGGCUACCCCUGGUCUACAUGAUAGGUCACGUGACUUAACGAAAGCUUACGUCAACCGUUUAUCGAUUAAUAAUCGUUAGUUUUUAUUUUUCUAUUGCUUCCUAAACGAUUGUGAUUUAAAGAUUAAUAUUAAAAGAUCGUGUUUGAUAUUUGUGAUUUUAGUGUACUGCAUGAGACUUGUUUUUAACUUUUGUACUGCAUGAGACUUAUUUUUAACUUUUUCACCAGCUACGAUCUGCAUUUGGGUACCAAAAAUUUUUUUAAUCAUGUUUUUAUUCUGUGAUAUAUCGCAAUAUCUAAUCCUACUGUGUAAUAAAUAUGACUGUUUCUUAUCUAUGAUGUUAUUGUUAUAAAACAUGUUUAUAAAAGUCCUAUUUUUGAUGUUUUAUCUAUACAAAGUUUAAUGUUGAUAUUAUUAAUAAAUGUUAUUAUUAAAAUAUAAA